AUGUCAGUCACUGGGGUUUAUGGUGCGUCUGGCUGGUCCCACCCUGCUCCACUUGGCGCCCAGCCGUUGCCUCUCUGGGACGGCCAACUCGGUGAUCGACCGCUUCAGCACGAGAGGGACCGCAAGCAGCCGCUCGUCAUCCAGGUCGGACAAGCUGGAAACAUGAAGAGAGUCUUCGAGUUUGACGGGUUGCGCACGAUUCUCGUGUCCAAGGGGUAUGCUGACGAGAGAACUCACUUUUCAAGUUCCUCCCGAAAGUCAGAGUGGAAGGAUUUCUCUCCCAAGAAAGCGGUCGCAUGA